GUAAAAUAAUAAAGUCAAAUAUGAGAGAAGUGCUUAAAGUAAUAAUAUUUCACUAUCUCCUUCAAGGGUUAGCUGCAAAUGAAAUAAAUAUCCAACAGACAAAUCAUAAUGAUGAAGUUUUUAGCAAAUACGGGUGUCUAAACUACUGUUUAAAUGAAGUGAGGCCCAUUGUGAUUGGUUUAAAUCAAUUAAAAGAACGUGAUACUAUUGAUAAAUUGAAUGAGAAAAUCCAAAAUCUGGAGAACGAACUGGAAAAGUAUAAAUUACAGCUGAUAAAUCAAGAGAAUCAAGUAAAAGCCAGGGACACGUUGCUAAACGAAAAAGAUGAAAGCAUCAAAGCGAAGAAUGAACUUUUAGUUGCAAAAGACGAACAAUUUCAAGAUUAUAGGACGCAAAUUGAAGACAAAAAUCGGGAGUUGCUGAAAUGCAAACUGCAAGAUAUCCCACACUCGAGUCUCUAUGCCGAUGGCAUUCACCUGAUGAAAAUUGGAAAUCUACCAGCAUUCCAAGUGCCUUACCUUUCGUCGUCACCGGAUUGGAUUGUGAUUCAAAGACGCAUUGAUGGUAGCGUGGACUUUGAUAGGGAUUGGCUUGACUACAAAAACGGAUUUGGUGAUAAAGACGGAAACUUUUUUAUUGGCCUUGAGAAACUGCACCUACUGACCCAAUCUAGACCCCACGAGCUGUAUAUUCAAAUGCGAGAUGUUAACGGAACAACUAAAUAUGCUCGCUAUGAUGAUUUCAAUGUGGCCAGUGAAAACUAUAAUUACGAACUGAAUUCAAUUGGAAAAUUUUCGGGAACUGCAGGCGAUUCAUUUACGUAUCAUGUUGGCAAUAUGUUUACAACAAGAGAUCAGGAUCAUGAUACCGCAGAAUAUAAUUGCGCUAAAAACAAGGGUGGUGGAUGGUGGUAUCGUGAUUGCCUAUAUAGUAACUUAAAUGCGGAGUACCAUGAUGACGGGUUUGAUCCUAACAGAUACGGCAUUUCUUGGGGUUCUUGGAGUGGCGAUUGGAACUAUACAAUAUCAUUAACAUUUACCCAAAUGAUGAUAAGGCCCUCUCUGAAAUAAAAAAAAAUUUAAUUAUGUCACAGAUUACGAUUUUUAAUUAUGAUGAUUUGUUAAUAAAAAUGAUGUGUUUUUGAGAAUAUA